UCGUACAGAGAAACUGUAAGAACAGAGCGACGUAUCACGAUGAGGAUGUCCCGGACAACAUGAACGUUCACGGCAUCUUUGACACGGACGUCUCCUCCUACGUCUUCGAGUCAAGAGAGGCUUAUCGCCAUUCCCUUCAGAUGAAGGCCGGGAUGUCAUUUUCUGGAUUCGGCUUCCAGGGGGCCGUUGAAUCAGCAUAUGGGAAAUCGACAUCAAACGAGAAACAGUCCUUCAUGUCUCUUAUUCAGUGUAACGUAGUAAGGUAUGAAAUCUUCCUGGAUGAAAUCUCGCCGGAUACCCUGAGUCUGCCCUUCCUGCGGGAUUUCUUGUCUCUUCCAAAACAUUUCAUUGAGGGGAAGGCACAACUUCAAAAGUUCAUCUUGCGCUAUGGAACUCAUUUCAUUAAGUCAGCAACGUUUGGCGGUUCCUUCAAGCUGUUCAAGACUCAAGAGGCCUCACAGACUGAAAGUCUCGAGGAUUUCUCCAUUCAAGCCCAGGCCUCUUAUAAUUCUCUUUUUUUCAACGCCGGUGGUCACGCUGGAUUUGGGAUGUCCAGUGGAUCCUCGUCGUCUUCCAAGACUUCCAGCACCCACGUGACAAUUGAAGGAGGCGACCAGGAAGUUGCAUCCAUCGUAGCUGACUUCUACUCAACCGGGUUCAAAGACACCUUUACCGAGUGGCUGAAGUCCAUCCCCACCUUCCCCAAACCCAUCGAGAUGUUCAUGGGCACCAUGUCGGAGCUGUUAAACUUGAACUACAGGCUUCUGUUCCCUUUUGACAUUGGUGAUGCUGCAAGCGGUUGCUUCAGUGAAAAUCUCAGGACCGAGGAGGGCACAGGAAGGAAGUAUUAUGAGGUCGCCAAGCUAGUGAACAAGACCCAUGGAGUUGAGACUGUAAAUGAGAAACGGUACUGUGACUUUACGUCUGCAGAGAGGUUCGAAGAAGCAAUGGAUAGGAAACGCCUCGCAUUGGAAAGAGCAAUUGUUAUUUACAUGGAAGAGGGCCCUGUCCCCACCACGGAUUUCCACCUGAAAGGGGGCAAACCUGGAUGUACGACACAAGCAUUGAAACUGAGGGGGGGUGCUGCUGGAACUACCUACCCCACCUGGCUGGAACUCAUCAAUGGAGACACGUACAGGAUCAUCUUUGAUCUUCCUGAAAGCAUCAACUACGACCUUCAAAAGAACACUGAGGCCUUCCUGGUUUUUGCACGAAACAGAUGGAAUUGUCACGCCCCUGGGGCCGACGUACACCUGUACGACAGCUAUGUUAAUGGUGGGAGUGGCGACACCAACAACAAGAAGGUGUCCUGCUUUGGCUUUGUGAUGACAUAUGUGGAAUCAACUGGAACGUUUUCUGUCACACCUCAAGAUCAGGAAGCUUCCAAGCAGGAAUUGAAGAAUUUGCCUCGCAACUAUGCCAACAAGGAUGUUGCCAGAGCUGAAUAUAUCAGCCCGUUAGAGCACUCACAAGCAAAAGGAGGUGCUAUGGCCAGUAUAGUUGAAGCGCCCUGCACUGUGAAGUGGUCCAACUCGUACCAAAUCAAGCCCGCGGAGGAGGGAGGAAGGUGUCUGUACUUCUUUGCGGCAUCCGCAGGCGACAUUUUUGUCGUAUUUUCUGCCAUUCCGAGGGAUAAGACAACCUGGUACCAUGUCCAGAUCAGUUUCCAAGGUGUUGCGCUCUACAAGGGAAUGCAACUGGUAAAAUAUGAGGGAGCGAAGAAAGCCCGAAGUCUCGGUGACCCCAAGCUGUUUCAGCCUUACUUCAUCUGUCUGGAGGAAGACAAUGAAAAAAUGCAAACCUACAUCAAAUACGGCAUCGGCUCUGACACUUCCGAAAAAGGACUGGUCUACAUGGUCUACAUUGAUAAGAGUCCACCACUCGGCAUUCGUUUCUACUCAUUUGGCACCGGGGAAAAUGACUUGGAGAUCAUGGACGCCCGAGUCAUCGAGGGAGGAGCCACGGGAGAGAUGGAAUGUUCAGGGGGAACUGUCUUGGAGGAUGGGAUUUGUGUGGAGGACUGUCAUCCCGAGUGUAACGGAUGUAUUCCAAGGUCCCCCGGAUCGAGACUUGACACAGAAUGCCGCUCGUGUAAGCAUUUCUCCAUCCCCAAGGGUGGCGGACUCAUCCAGUGCGUCGCAGAAUGCCCACCCGAUACCAUAGCAGCCGCCGAUGGUGUGACAUGCAUAUGCAAGGAUUUCGUCGUCGUCAAAGACGAUGGAAGUAACCAGUGCGUCUCAGCGUGCCCAGCCGAUAAAAAAGUAGCCUCUGAUGGCAAGACGUGUGGAUCUAAGUGGAGAGAUGACUCUCGUUGUGGACCAAGCUUCCCAGCAAAAGGAGCCAACCCUGGCCAGUGUGACCCGGGAGGACCUAAUCCCUGUUGUUCCAGUCAAGGCUAUUGUGGGAGCACUGAGGCUCACUGCACCUGUGAAGGCUGUGAGGACUAUCGAUAUCAAUGGCUGGCACGGGAUUCGUCAUGGGUUGUGGACUCGAGUGGUACACCGUGGGUCAGCAACGGAGUGACACAUGAUGCAGCAAAAGCUUUGGAUGGAGUCGCGGGGACAUACUGGAACCCCGUCGGCACCGAUCGGCACUCCGCUCGACACAUCGUCCUUGACCUCAAAGAGCCCCACACCCUGACCCGCAUCGCACUCAACAACUUUGGAAACACCGUCCAUGACAUUAAAGCCUUCAAGUUGCAAAAGUCGACGCUUUGGAGUCCAUUCCACUGGGAGGACGUCGUGUCAGUUACUGACGUGAAGGUUGGGACGGACCGGCGUCAGGAGUUUGGUGGAUUCAGGGCAACAGCGCGGUACUGGAGGUUGUUGAUCACUCGGACCUCCGAAGGCUGGCAGCCAAGGCUCAGAGAACUGAACCUCUAUGGAAUCUCAUCUCCAUGGAAUCCUAGUCCAGCUAAGUGGAGAGAUGACUUUCGUUGUGGACCAAGCAUCCCAACAGAAGGAGGCAACCCUGCCCAGUGUAACCCGAAAGGACCUACUCCCUGUUGUUCCAAUGGCGGGUGGUGUGGGAGCACUGAGGCUCACUGCACCUGUGAUGGCUGUAAGGACUAUCGAUACGAAUGGCUGGCACGGGAUUCGUCAUGGGUUGUGGACUCGAGCGGUACACCGUGGGUCAGCAACGGAGUGACACAUGAUGCAGCAAAAGCUUUGGAUGGAGUCGCGGGGACAUACUGGAACCCCGUCGGCACCGAUCGGCACUCCGCUCGACACAUCGUCCUUGACCUCAAAGAGCCCCACACCCUGACCCGCAUCGCACUCAACAACUAUGGAAACACCGUCCAUGACAUUAAAGCCUUCAAGUUGCAAAAGUCGACGCUUUGGAGUCCAUUCCACUGGGAGGAUGUUGUGUCAGUUACUGACGUGGAGGUUGGGACGGACCGGCGUCAGGAGUUUGGUGGAUUCAAGGCAACAGCGCGGUACUGGAGGUUGUUGAUCACUGAGACCUCCGAAGGCUUUCAGCCAAGGCUCAGAGAACUGAACCUCUUAGGAGUCUUAUCUCCACGGAAUCCUAGUCCAGCUAAGUGGAGAGAUGACCAUCGUUGUGGACCAAGCCACCCAACAGAAGGAGGCAACCCCGCCCAGUGUAACCCGGGAGGACCUACUCCCUGUUGUUCCAAUGGCGGGUGGUGUGGGAGCACUGCGGCUCACUGCACCUGUCAUGGCUGUGUGAACUAUGGAUAACAUCCUUAUGGAAGAUGGAGUCAUCCGUGCUAUGGAGGCUGACGAUCCAUAUACCAUGAAAGAUUGAAAGUCGGCGAGAUCUUACCUUCAACCAUAAAUACAGUAUGUUAUAUUUCAUUGCCCCCUGACAAUUGUAGUUCUUAGCUGUAACAGGAUGUUUUGAUGUUUUGAAACAUGCGACAUGCUGGAAAGCCACGUAUCAGUCAAAAUGAAGCAGAAAUGUAACAAAAAAGGAAAUAUUUUGUAGUGGAUUCAGCUUAGCGGUGAAUCUCUCACUCUUUUCUCGGAACAUUCUUAGUGUAUGGAGCAUGCUAUCAACUUAUAGCUGUCCCCAUUUACUCACAGUAUCAAUACACUCCGAGUUUGUGUUAUUUCUCCGGUAAAGGAGUACAAAGCUAUCAUACUGUUGGUUUAUACAUACUGUUUUUUGGUUGUUGCACAAAUCUUAUCAAAGCAUUCCC